AUUCUGACAUUGCGAGCAGUAAUUGUCAGACACAAGACUCAAUACCAGUUGCAAAGCCCAGGCGAGCCUAUAAAUAUCCUAACUUGUAUGGAGAAUGACUCAUGGGUGCAGUCCAAUUCUGAAGCUGAUGUCUACGUCUAGAUACUCAGUGCAGUAAGAGAAUGUCGUGUUUGAAUAAACAAUGGGAUCUACAGGCAUGGACUGUCCGUUUCCAGCGGUGUGGAGUGUGGACACGCCUGACCAACUUACUGAAGUAUAUGAAGAAUGGGGCCCAUCAUAUGAUACGGACGUAAGCCGGAUAAAUUACAAAGCGCCAUUACUGGUAUCUAAUGCUUUGGCUGCAUUAUACCCACGGGAGCGUCAGAGUUUAAAGGUUUUGGACGUAGGGGCUGGAACUGGAUUAGUAGGUGUGGAGUUACAAAAGCUUGGAUUUGGUGACGUCGACGGACUGGAUCCAUCCGAGCUGAUGUUGAAGGAAGCACGUGCUACUAACACAUACAAUAAUCUGUACUGUGAAUACUUUACAUCUAAACCGACUCCAGGUCUAGACCAAGACAGUUAUGACGUCGUCAUUUCUGCCGGUUCCUUGAUUGCAGGGCACCUACCGAUUGAUUGUUUCAUUGAAGCCAUACGACUUGUACGGAAAGGUGGCAUCAUUUGCAUAAUAACUAGAACAGAAGGCAAAGGAAGCUUCAACGAAGCUGGCUACGGGAACAAAUGUAAAGUCGUCCUUAAACAACUACAGGAUGAGGGGAAACUGGAGCAAAUCCAAUGGGAGAGAGUGAAUUAUUACACAUCAAAUGCUGGAGUGAUAAUGACAUAUAGAGUGUUGUAAUGAUCUGUGUGGGAACAGGGUGUAUACUCCAAUGUACUACUACUAGAAAUGGUUAGUUAAACCAUUAGAACUUCUUAUGUAAUUUUGUACAUUGUAAUAACCGGUACGACCCCUUUUCACAUUUUCGUGAAUAUAUAACGUAUCAUUAUAUCGUCAUAGCAUUAAAUAUGCUAUUUAGAAGAAAACAAAACCCACUAAAACUGUUGGAGAUUGGUGUAUACACAGUUGUUUUUGUUUAAAUAAAUAUUUUAAACAG